CACUAUAAAUAUUUCUACGUGCAAUCAACUUGUCACCAACAGUGAGCACCUACUUCUCCUCCCACCACCAUUUCUACCCAUCAGAAGCCAAGCAAGGGUAAUGGAAGAGCUCCUUCUCAUGGUGGUGUUCCAAGUCCUACUCUUUCUACCGGCCAAUUGUAUGGCCUUGGCUACUCCUACCAUAGGUUUCCAGUACCUCAAUGUGCAUGAACUGGUGACCGAGACCUCCAACUCUCACCACCUUUCUAAGAGCCACGUCCACAAAGCCGGCAAAUGGGCUCUUAACUUGGUCCAUCGUGACGCCAUCUCCGGCCGGAACUACUCCAGCCACCACCACCGCUUCCAAGAGCUAAUGAACCGAGACUCCCGCAGGGUCGCUGGCCUGACCCGCCGAGUCGCCGCUUUGACCGGGCUGGCCUACUCUUCCUUGCAGGAUUUCGGUUCGGAGGUGGUCUCCGGUUUGGAGGAAGGGAGUGGUGAAUACUUCGUCCGAGUAGGCGUUGGGAGCCCACCAAGAGAGCAGUACAUGGUGAUCGAUUCGGGUAGUGAUAUAACUUGGGUCCAGUGCCAGCCAUGCAGCCAGUGCUACCAUCAGGCCGGCCCAGUUUUUGACCCGGCCCAAUCGACCACCUUCUACAAUGUCGGAUGUGAUUCGACGGUUUGCGGUCUACUGGACCGGGCCGCCCGGUGCCAAGCAGGAUGGUGCCGGUAUGAGGUCUCGUAUAGGGAUGGAUCCUACACCAAGGGCACCAUGGCCCUAGAGAUGCUGACUUUUGGGCAAACCGAGGUCCGAAAUGUGGCCAUCGGAUGCGGUCACCGCAACCGCGGACUCUUUGUCGGGGCCGCAGGUCUACUGGGCCUUGGCAGAGGCCCGAUGUCCUUCAUGGCCCAGCUCGGCGGGCAAACUGGCGGUGCCUUUCUUUAUUGUUUGGCUAGCAGGGGGAUGGAGAUGCCAGGGUCAAUAGUCUUCGGCCGGGGUGCGGCAGUUCCAACCAGUGCGAUGUGGGUUCCGCUUAUGAGAAACCCAUGGGCCCCUAGUUUGUACUACAUUAGGCUUGUGGGCCUUGGCGUCGGGGGAAUUCGCUUGCCGGUGCCGGAGGAGGUGUUUCGCUUGUCGGCAAUGGGGGACGGGGGUGUCAUCAUGGACACAGGGACAGCAGUGACAAGGUUGCCGGUGUUAGCCUAUGAGGCGGUGAGGAAUGCGUUUGUGCAGGGCACCAUGGGCCUCCCAUGGGCCCCCGCAACCUCCAUCUUCGACACGUGCUAUGAUCUAUCUGGGUUCCGGACCGUGCAAGUGCCGACGGUGUCGUUCUACUUCGCCGGAGGAACGGUGCUGACACUUCCGGCAAGGAAUUAUAUGAUCCCAGUGGAUGGAAUGGGGACUUUCUGUUUGGCUUUUGCUCCUUCCUCCUCAGGCCUGUCUAUUGUGGGGAACAUACAGCAGGAGGGGAUUCAGAUAACAUUUGAUCUUGCUAAUGGGUUUGUGGGCUUUGGGCCUAAUACUUGCUAA